CUCUUUGUACCUUUAACCAGCACUUCUGAAAAUUCUCUCCCGAAGCCAAAAAGAUGUCCAACCUACGCAGCCUUUUCAUCGCUGCCCUUCUCAUCAAUUUUACGCUAAGCUAUGCUGCUCGGCCAGAGCCUGCUUUACCCUUAACCCAUCACGAGGGAGUUGAGGCAGAGAAAGUUGAGAUUGAUGAGAACUGUGAAGGAGUUGGCAAAGAGGAGUGCUUGAUGAGAAGAACCCUUGCUGCUCAUGUAGAUUAUAUUUAUACUCAGAAUCAGAAGCCCUGAAGUUGAUCACUUGUUGUAGGAGAAAAUAAUUACUGUUACAAUUGCAGCAUCAAGCCAUAAAUAAAACAUAUUUCAGUUCAUGUUGGCAUGAUUAUUGUAUAGAUAGAUGGCUUAGCUGGUUUUGUUUCACAGUCUGGAUGUUUUAGUAGUGAUCUUAAUGGAUAAUUACAAAAGAAAUUAUUCAGUGUUA